AUGAAAUACUUAAACAAUUUAAAGGAACUGGAAAAUAAGAUAAAAGCAAUAUGUGAUAAUUAUUCUGUUGUUAGCCCACCAAAAAUAUUAAUAGUAACUAAGAAUGUAGGAAUAGAGGAAAUAAACAACAUUCACACCUAUGAUAAAAAAUACCAUUUCGGGGAAAACUCUAUUGAUGUUUUAGCAGAAAAAUCUGAACAGUUACCAGGUACAAUAAAAUGGCAUUUCAUAGGUAAUUUACAAUCAAAAAAAUGUAAAUAUGUUUUAAAUAUAAAAAAUUUGUAUAUGAUUGAAUCAUUAGAUAAACAAAAAAAAGCAAUGUUAUUAAAUAAUUAUUUAAAAAUUAUGAAUGAAAAUGAACAGAAUAAUAGUGAUAAUUUAAAAAAAAUUCGUGUACUGAUACAAAUUAAAACUGCUGAUGAUCCAAAUAAGACAGGAAUGUUACAUAAUAAUUAUGAGGAUAUUGAAAAUACCAUUGUAUACAUUAUUACCAACUGCAAUUUCUUAAUAUUUAAAGGGUUAAUGACUAUAUCUUCCUUAGAAAUAAAUACACGAGAAAAUUCAUUUAUUAUUUUAAAUAAUAUAAGAAAGAGACUUUUAAAUAAUCAAAUUGUAAGUAAUUAUUUUCAGAAUAAAAAAUUUCAUAUGAGUAUGGGAAUGUCUGGUGAUUUUGAGCUAGCCAUUAAGCAUCAUGCAACUCAUCUAAGGGUUGGACGAGCAAUUUUCAGCUAA